ACCCUGAUUUAUGAACAAAAGAUAAGAGCAAACGUGUAGCGCCUACAUUCAAAUAUAUUAAAAAAAAAAAAUCAAAUAAAUUGUCCGUCUGAGCCUGUAAACAAAGUAAGUUAAUUACUGGAUUCAUGCAUUAACUCAACAGUGUUAACUUCAUUAUUAAACAUUAAUCUUUUUGAAUACUGAUCCCUAUGCAUAAAAGAAAAAGUCCGUCUGAGCUAAAAACCUAAAAAAGUUUAAUAUUUCCACGAUUUAUUUUAAUUUUUUACAACAUUUUAUUUCAGGCAUGAUUAAGUAAACUUCAAAAUUCUUGUGCUGACUUUUCUAUUUUAUAAAAAAUAUGUUGAAUUUGAGCUAUUAUUGCUCUAUGGCUUAACAGAAUUUUUAUCCAUUCAUUUAGUUAUAAGUUAGUGUGGGUUGCUUUUGAAAAUUAUUUUUAAUGUGCCCCUUUCUUAUUUUUUUUUUGCUUUGUGAAGACAACAUUUUGUUUAUUUGUUAAUUUGUUUUUUUAAUUCCCAUAUUUGAGCCUUAAUUGUGUUGUGCAUUAAAUAUUGUGUCAAAAGAGAAUACGCACACAGGAGGAUAAAUAACUUUGUUAAAAUAUUCAAAGAUCUGGAAUUUGGCUUCUGCUUUUCUCUGUUCCACUGACGUCAUUCGUCUAUCUGAUGCUGCCUUGAGUUUAUCGGUUGACCCAAACCCUGAUGUCCUGCAGAUUGUCCGGGUGUGUCCGGCCUUCUUUCCUGCAUAAAACCCCCUCCACGCUCCGCACUCAUCACGCCAUUCAGAGCCGGAACUCAAAAUGAGUCUCACAGCUAAAGACAAGGACGCCGUCAGGACCUUCUGGGCUAAGAUCUCAGCCAAGGCGGACGAUGUGGGCACAGAUGCUCUCUCCAGGAUGCUGGUGGUGUACCCCCAGACUAAGACGUACUUCGCCCAUUGGAAGGACCUGAGCCCCGGCUCUGCUCCAGUAAAGAAACACGGGAAGACCGUCAUUGGGGGAGUGACUGACGCUGUGGACAAAAUCGAUGCUCUAUCAUCAGGUCUGCUGAGCCUCAGUGAGCUGCACGCCUUCACCCUGAGAGUGGAUCCUGCCAACUUCAAGAUCCUCGCUCAUUGCAUCCUGGUGGUGCUGGCCAUGAUGUUCCCCAGCGACUUCAGCCCAGAAGUGCACGUGGCCAUGGACAAGUUCCUGGCUGCUUUGGCUCUGGCUCUGUCUGAGAAGUACAGAUGAGCGGGAAAAAUGCGAGCAUGCGCAAACGUUCUCUGUCUGUCUGAAUUUAAAUAAAUGAUUUCAUGCAGUUUAUCUUGAGUCUUGUUUUACUUUGAUAGUGAAGGGAAAAGAUUUUUUCAAAAUAAAGCACAUACUAAAAACUAUUAUAUCAGGAUGCUCUGGAUUUUAAAAGAAACUCAGACACAAUAAUC